AUGCAUACCCAUCACUCGCAUAGCGGAGACUACAUCUCCCACGCCCAUGACACACUAGAAGCCAUGGUCAACAAAUACGUCGAACUGGGCUUCACGACGCUAUGUCUCACCGAGCACAUGCCCCGGCUCCAAGACAGGUUCCUUUACCCAGAGGAAACAGAAAAGGGCUACUCCGUCGAGAAUUUGAAUCGGGACUUUGAGCAGUACUUGGCGCAUGCCGAACGUCUUCGGAUCCAGCACCGAGACAAGAUUGUAAUCGUGGUAGGGUUAGAAACCGAGGCAAUCAACGAACAACACAUUGAAUAUUCAAGGCAAUUGCUCCAGAACCCCGUCAUCAAGAUGUCCGUGGGUUCAGUUCACUUUGUUCACGAGAUCCCCAUUGAUUUCUCAGCUGAGCUAUGGCUAGAGGCUAAACGCAAGAGCAAAAAUGGUCUCACGCGCUCUUUAUACAAGGACUACUUUGAGCUUCAGUCCAAGGUUUUGGACUUGAAACCAACGGUAGUGGGACACUUUGACUUGAUACGGCUUUGCCAGCCCCAGGAUGACUUUGAUGAGACUACGGGCAAGCUCACUAAAGAUGUAGAUAUACAACUGGACUGGCCCGAGGUCUGGGAUGUGAUCAAGCAAAACAUCACAAAAGUGGUGGACUAUGAUGGCCUUUUCGAGCUCAACUCGUCGGCGAUCCGAAAAGGCUGGGAUACCCCGUACCCGAAACUGGACAUUGCCAGCAUGAUCUCUCGGCAGGGGGGGAAAUUCUGCUUAUCUGACGAUGCGCAUGCCUGUUCCCAAGUUGGUCUCAACUAUGGAAAAACGUUGCAGUAUGCGAAAUAUUUACAGCAGCUGGCUCUUUGGCGUCUCAACGCCAACGGAGAGGCUGAAUCGGUCAACCUCGAUACCAUGAUGGAAACUAUGAAAAAUCUCCAACCGAAACUUAACAAAAAAUGA